AUAUAUAAAAAUUGGAGAAAGUUGCAGAUUUUUGAAGUGGAGCUUCAAUGGUGAAUCGCCCAAGAGCCCGCAAACGAAUCCAUGCUACCCUGCCCCGUCGUUCACCUGAUGGUAGUGCCUUUCAGAAGUGUGAUUUUUGCGGUGAAAUGGUGGCGAUUGCUUUGGCUGAUAUGCACGGCUGUGGGCCUAAGAAGAAAGAGUUGAAGAGGUUUAAGGGCAAUGUAGGAACUCAAAAUGCUGUCAAACCAAUAAUUUCUUUGCAACCCAGAUCGGCUUUUAAUAUUUUCUUGGAAACCUUUAUGGAAACCAACAAGAAUGGAAAUUUCAUUGAUACCGACCGGAAGGGGUUCGAAACUUGGAAAAACAUGUGUGAGGAGGAGAGAAAAACAUAUGUUACUCAAGCUGAAAAGGUGAACUCAGCCUACAUGAUGUGGUUGAAGAGGAGAAAAAUAUUAUAA